AUGCGUGUGCUAGUCUUACUUGCAGCUCUUUGUGGCGUAUGCCUUACGUUCCCAUCUUUGCGGCUGUUGCCAAAGAAGAAAAGACACACAGGAGAAGCACCAAAUGUCACUGAGGAUACCGGCGUCUUCCAGAAACUGUAUGAAGCCAACAGAGGCCGUCGUUCCAUCUUAGACCCACGACACAUUAUAACUCACUUGGAUGUUGCUGUUCAACUUGGUCGCGCUAAACUUUGUCAGAAUGGUAUUUGCCUGUGGCCUAAAUCUCAGGAUGGCAAUGUCUAUGUUCCUUAUAAAACGUCCAGUUCAUUCCAAUUUAUGGACCGGGCAUAUUUAAGUGCGUCAUUCAGUGAACUGGAAGGAUCCACCUGUGUACGAUUCAUACCUCAAACAACAGAGACGGACUAUAUAAGCUUUGAAAAUUUACAGGGGUGUUGGUCUUCGAUAGGCUGUGUUGGUGGUGCACAGACAGUGUCCCUGGGGAAGCCCAAGUGUAUGUGGACAGGUGUUAUAACCCAUGAAAUCAUGCAUGCUCUAGGUCUUCACCAUGAACAUGUGAGGAUGGACAGAAGUCAAUAUAUCAACGUUCUUUGGCAAAACAUCUUGUCGGAUUACAAAUCUAAUUUUGAAGAGAGUUUCACCCUCAACCUUAACCUGACCAGCUAUGACUAUGGAUCUCUCAUGCACUACGAAGGAACUGCUUUCUCUAUCGAUGGUAUUUUGCCGACUAUAGUUGCUAUCCCAUACAAUAAUGUCUCAUUUGGACAACGAUCAGAAAUGAGCCAACUAGACAUCGUGAAAAUUAAUACUCUAUAUAACUGCAAUAAACAGACGUAUGGCAUAAGAGAUCGUGCAGUCAACAUCAAUAACCCCAUUGUAGCUGCCAUAAUCACUUCUCCUACUACCACUCGUACCACCACCACUGCCACUUCUCCUACUACCACUCGUACUACUACCACUUCUCCCACUACCACUCGUACCACCACCACUGCCACUUCUCCUACUACCACUCGUACCACCACCACUGCCACUUCUCCUACUACAACUCGUACUACUACCACUUCUCCCACUACCACUCGUACCACCACCACUGCCACUUCUCCUACUACCACUCGUACCACCACCUUAUCUACCACUACUCGCACUACCACCACUACAACCACAAAAGCCACCACCACACCUCCUUUGGUGGUCAGUAAUGGUUGUGGUGGAAACGUCACAGCUGCAUCGGCAAUCAUCACGUCUCCUAACUACCCCAAAAAUUAUCCCAGCAGUGCGUACUGCGUAUGGAACAUCACUACCACCCCACCGUUCUCCGUGACUUUCACGGAUUUUGACAUUGAAAAUGCUAUAAAUUGUGGGUUUGACUCCGUGAAGAUAUACAAUGGACCAAGCACAAAUAAAAUUUACCUGGUGGAUAGCUAUUGUGGACAAACGUUACCCCGCCAACUUCUUUUCUAUACUAAUUCAAUUCAAAUUGUUCUCACCACCGAUGACAGUGUCCAAAACCGGGGAUUCCGACUCGUUUACCAAAAAGUUUGAAAAGAAUUCAGCAUAAAGAAAGCUCGGACUUAUCAGAUCACUGGAUGUAUUUGCUAUAUCCCCCAAGUUUAACACAUUUUUUAAAACAAACUCGCCUGAAGCGUAUUGCUAAAUUCCAAAUCACGGAGAAAAAGUAAUAGUUUUUACAUUUUUUAUUAAUUUAUUUUUUGAAUGUAUACACAUUAAAAGCUUAUUGGUUAUACAUAAUAUUGAUGUCAUUUUUUCCCCCUAUUUUCCAAUUUCUUCUGACGUGAUCUCUGUAAACACAGCGAUUUUCUGGCAGCUGGGGAUUUUUGUUAAUUUCUUCAUUCCAGAACAUUGCCUAAAAUUCUGAUUAUUAAUUUCCAAUCAAAGUUGAUUCAUGACGAAACACAGUGGACAAGUCAUUAAUCAAGUUUUUAUUUGGGUAAAUUCAUAUAAAGCAGACAAAAUAAAUACAUUUAAAUGGCAUAAUGUUGCUGGCAAG